CGACCCCCCGGCUCGGCCUCGUUCCCCCACAUUUUAUUCGAAACGCGGACUCUCUCGGGCAUCCGAGAUGGAAAUAAGGCUGCCAUUGUCUCUAGGAUUUUGUUUAACUCCGACUCUCGUGCAGCUCGCCGUUCGGCUCGGGUCUAGCCAAUACAGCGUAUUCGACAGCGAAUCAGAAAAGAGAGCUUGGCUGUAGUUGGUUGCAUUUCUCUUGAAGAGCUAUCAAGGAGGUUCCAGCUUCACAGAGGGAAUUCACUGGCAAUGGUAUAUAUGUGUAUAUAUACUAGCUAUGGAACAGCCAGUUCAACAUGGAGUAUCAACACAAUUUAACAAGACAAAUAACCAGCUAACAUCACAUCAACUAUCCAUCACAUUUCACACUUCAUCAUAAAACAAUGGCUAAUGACAAGCACAUCGUCUUGAUCACCGGCGCCAAUACCGGUAUUGGCUACGAGACGGUCAAAGCAUACUUGCGCUCCUCCACGCCAUUCCACAUCUUCGUCGGCGCUCGUACUGUGGAAAAGGGCCAAAAGGCAAUUGCUACCGCCACUCAAGAGGUUCCGGGAUCGAGCAGCGUCCUUGAGCCCGUCGCCAUUGAGUUGGCGAGCGAUGAGUCCAUUGCCCAGGCUUUUGAGACUAUCAAUGCCAAGGUGGACAGAAUCGACACACUCGUCAACAAUGCCGGUGCUGCUUUUGACUCCCAGAAUUUCGCAGACGACAUUUUAAACAGCCGCGAAAUCUUCAACAAGGCGUACGACGUCAACGUCACCGGGACUCACAUCAUAACCGCUACCUUUGUCCCGCUCCUCAUCAAGUCAUCUUCCCCUCGUCUCAUCUUCAUCACAUCCGGCCUGUCUACCCUCACCGCGCACUCUAAGAGCUUCUACCCUCCGUGGGCCCCCCAGCCGGAAGCCGGGUGGCCCAAGCCAGGCAUCGUCGCCACCCUGGGCUACAAGAGCAGCAAGACUGCUCUCAACAUGGUGAUGCUCAACUGGCACUGGCUGUUGCUGAACGAUGGCGUCAAGACUUUUGCUAUUAGCCCGGGCUUCUUGGCUACUAACCUGGGAGGUGAUCCCGAGGCUCUCAAGGCGAUGGGUGCGGGUGAUCCGGCUAUUGGAGGAGAGUUUAUCAGGGACGUGACUGAGGGAAAGCGAGAUGCUGAUGCGGGCAAGGUUUUGAGCAAAGAUGGCACACAGGAGUGGUAGAGGGUGUCAUAGAUUGCACUAUUUGUGUGUACCUGCAUGUGUCUAGCAUUUUUAAAAAGCUGAGCAAAUGAAUUUAUUAAGAGCAGAAAGAUUUGCUUUAUACUCUUCUCUCUAUCAAUAUCGUUUCAUUCCUCC